UCCCUGAAACCGGUCCUGCAUCAAUUUUCUAGCAGAAAGGAACAUUUCAGCACCAGCAGGUGGACCGUGAUGGCAAAUUUCAAAGGUCAUGCUCUCCCAGGCAGCUUCUUCCUGCUCUUUGGCCUCUGGUGGUCUGUGAAAUACCCCCUGAGGUACUUCAACGAGAAGGGGAAUAAAAAGUCCCAUAGAAACCACAGUUACCAACGCUUGGAUGUCAUUGAAGGAGCAGCCAAAAUCAUCUUUGCCAUGAUAGGGAUGCUGGCUGAGCAGUUUGUCCCCGAUGGCCCCCACUUGUAUCUCUACAGUGGUGAGGAACGCAGCUGGGUGAAGUUGAUGAACUGGCAGCACACGACCAUGUACCUGUUCUAUGGACUCUCAGGCGUGGUGGAUGUGCUCACUUACUCCCCGCUCAAGUUGCCCCUGGGAAUGGAUCGCCUCAUGCUGUCUGUGGCUGUGUUUGUUGAAGGUUUUCUCUUUUAUUAUCACGUCCUUCACCGCCCCAUGCUAGAUAAGCACAUCCACUCCCUGCUGCUCAUCGCCGUGUUCGGUGGGGCCUUCGGCACCCUGCUGGAAGUCUUCCUCCGUGACAACAUUGUCUUGGAGCUCUUCAGGGCUAGCCUUGCCAUCCUGCAGGGAACCUGGUUCUGGCAGAUUGGGUUUGUGCUGUUCCCACCCCGGGGAGGCCCAGCCUGGAAUGAGGAUGACCAUGACAAUAUCAUGUUUGUCACCAUGUGCUUCUUCUGGCACUACGCGGCUGCUCUUCUCAUCAUGAUUGCCAACUACAUGCUCACUUACUGCUGCAUCCAAAGAUGUAAGAGAGACACUGGAGAAAUAGAUAUUGGACUUGGGGUUCGGAAGCAGAAAAGUGACACAAGCUCCCAUGUUGCCCUCUUAAAUGGAUCGGAUGAGGAAUGACGACAGUGCACCUUGGCUGAUAUCUCUUACUUCCUAAAGAUUAUGAGAAUCAAUUUUUUUUUAAUCUGAGCAAUAUUUAUAUUGGAAUAUCAAGAAGGAAGAUCCUGUAAUUUUACUGCUGAACAGUAUGGACAGACUCAAGAUGUGAUCUCUGCUCUCCUUCGGUAAAUUCCCUGAAGCCCUUUGGAUCUGAAAUGGGUGCAUAAUAUCCUACUUCUGAGCGAUUUCUUUAAUGGCAAAAUCAAAUGCAGAAAUUCAAAUGUCAGGACAGUUUGGCUUAUGGGAUCUCAGGUCUAUGUUGUCUCCAUAGUUAUGGAGCAGAGCCUGCCAGUCAUAUUUUCUGAGUGAAUUGAGGGCUGACCUGUGAUAGUCGAAGUUGGAGAAACCUGCCGACUGGGCUUCAAUAACUCUAGUUUCAGAGUAGCAGCCGUGUUAGUCUGUAUCCGCAAAAAGAACAGGAGUACUUGUGGCACCUUAGAGACUAACAAAUUUAUUAGAGCAUAAGUUUUCAUGGGCUACUGCCCACUUCUUCGGAUGCUAGUGACACCUUGUGGAGUGAAGGAUUCGGAAGGGUCGCCCCAAGCAGGAAGAGCAGAGGCCAGUGCCAAGAAUGUGCAAUGUCAUUGUUCAACUGUAUGCUAUUGAAAUUUUGUACGACGUCUAUCAACUUAAGUCUUUUUAUAUUUUUGAGGCAAGCCUUACAAAGACUGAAAAUGAUAAGAAAUAAAAAUCCUACUUCA